GUGCGAGACGUUUGGUAUGAAGCUGGAACUGUGUGGUACGUCCACAAGGACGGUUACAGCCUGGCCACUCAGCUGAAGCCUGAUGAGGGCACACCUGAACUCCCAGAAGGCCGAGUGAGAGUCCGCCUGCAGACGGACGGCUCGCUGCACGAUGUGACGCAGUACGAGAUUGAAAAGUGUAACCCCUCAGACCUGGACCUGUGCGAGGACCUGAGCGACCUGCAGAGCGUCAACGAGUGCGGCGUCCUGCACAACCUGACCAGCCGAGCCAAAGCCAGCAUGCCGCUCACGCAGGCAGGACCCAACCUGGUCAACUUCUGGCCCCCAUCGCAGACCCACAGCAAG